AUGACUUCUUGGAAGGUUCAUGUCGCGAACCUUCCAAGAACGAGGACGAGAAUCAAGUCUAUUGGCCCCGAGUGCCGGGGCAAACUGAUCGUUACCUUGGGGCGAAGGCCACGUGUGACGGAUAAUUUUGACAAAGUUAAGAUGCUCAAGCAUAUGCUGGGCUCUUUACAAAGUCAAAAUGAUCCGGCGCGCGUGGGCUUCGCUCCAAGGUACAAGAUAACUUUGAUCUCGCAACCCGGUGGGGUGCGCUCGCCGAAUCACAGCAAGGUCUUCGAGCGCGCGCACCUAGUCGAUAAGAGCUGUGAUGGACCAGCUACUCGAACUCGCACUCGCACUCACUGGUGGUUCUGGUCUUCAGAGACCUCAUCGUUUCUCUGCGUUACCCACUCGAAGUCAUACGCCGGCCUUUUCACACGUGCACGAUAUCAACACCCUCACAUAAGUGCAUCCACCUAUGUGCAUCCCAAUACACCACAAUUGCCGUCCCUAACUAUCGACCACAAUUACCUACCCACCCAUCCUCUCGACACACAUGACGGGCCUAGAUAUGACGGCCUUAAUGAGUCUUUUUCAUCGGCAUGCAUCAUUAUGACACUACCGCUCGGUGUUCCUCCUGGCACUCACUCCCCCCUUCCCCUUCCCCUCCCUGCCACGCACUCUGAGGCAGGGAGGGAGGCUUCCUCUUCUCCAGACAACUCACCAAAGUCUGAGAGAACGAGGCCUCGGCGUCUUCGGGUGACGAAUACGUCGACUAGACCGAUUACGAUGAUGAUGCCAGCGACAACGACCCGAAUUCCACCGUCGGUUUCGGUCCGCCGAACGAGAGGGAAAGCCAACGACAUCCUCGAUAACUGUGACGACCGCGACGUCGCGGGCGGAAGUCUAUUCUGCCAAAGAUUUGGUGUCGUCCCGUUUGCCUCUGCCGCACAGUGUCCUCAGUCCUCCCAACGCAUUCAGCACUGGCAGAUGGUUCCGCACCAAUAUCUUGGUCUGAGGUUGGGGCAGGGCUAG